AUGGCCUUUCAGUAUGAUCAGUACCAACAACAAUCACAGUAUGGAAGUGGGCUGGAUAAUAAAACGACACUAUGGAUGGGCGAGCUUGAACCUUGGAUGGACGAAAGUUAUAUACGUCAAAUUUGGUAUCAACUAGGCGAAAAUGUUAAUGUUAAAUUUAUUCGGGACAAAUUCACUGGUGCAAAUGCCGGUUACUGCUUCGUAGAUUUUGUGAGUAAUGCUGCCGCGGUUAAAGCUUUGAGUACCGUGAAUGGAACUCUUAUCCCUGGUACCAAUCGGGUAUUUAAGCUUAAUUGGGCAUCAGGAGGCGGGUUAACAGAUAGAAAGGAUGACCGUGGUCCUGAAUUUUCGAUUUUUGUCGGUGAUUUAGGUCCAGAAGUGACUGAAUGGAUGCUUGUGUCUGUUUUUCAGCAAAGGUAUCCAACUUGCAAAUCUGCUAAAAUAAUGACUGAUCCAAUGACAGGCAUGUCUCGUGGUUAUGGUUUUGUUCGUUUCGCUGAUGAAGCCGAGCAACAACGUGCUCUUCUCGAGAUGCAGGGCUCUUUUUGUGGAAAUCGUCCAAUGAGAAUUUCUACUGCAACACCGAAAAAUAAAAGCGGCUUACCAGGCACAUUUUACCAGCAGCCAUCUCAACAAGCACCAAUUCUAAAUCAAUAUAAUGAUCCAAAUAACACCACUGUUUUCGUUGGUGGACUAUCAGGAGUGAACAGUGAAGAAGAGCUCAGAAGCUAUUUUCAAGGAUUUGGAGAAAUCACUUAUGUUAAAAUACCACCUGGAAAAGGGUGUGGAUUUGUACAGUUUGUACAUAGACAAAGCGCAGAAAUGGCAAUUAAUCAAAUGCAGCAUUAUCCUAUUGGUAAUUCGAGAGUUCGAUUAUCAUGGGGCAGAUCGCAGAAUGAUAAAACCGUUAUUGGCACUUAUCGACCGCAACAAACAAGUCCCUACAAUUCUCUUGGUGGUAUGACAUCAACCAAUUCUUACAGUGCUUAUACACCAACUACCCCAGUAAUCAACACACCCGUGACUCCAACUCAACCUCAAAUCCUACAGUCUAUGGCAGAUCCUUUGGAGCCGGUGCCAGUGCAACGUAUGAAUGAAAUUUUCAUUACUAGCAAAGAGGCAUUGCUUGAAAGAAUGGAAACAGAGG